AUGGAAGCAGAAUUAGCUCAACUACAAUCGAAAUGCUUGGCUGAUGGCAUUCCGAUCAAGUUCGUGAAUUACAAGGGUCUCUGGGUCCCAGAUACUUACGCAGAAAUUGCCGAUGCCAUAGAAAAUUUUGAAAUACGUGACGAUGACGUGUGGAUUUGCACUUUUCCAAAAUCAGGUACGACUUGGACCCAAGAAAUGGUUUGGAGUAUCUCAAAUGACGUAAACUCAGAAGCUGCUAAAGUCCCUUUACACGCCAGAUCCCCUUACAUCGAAUUCACUGGAACAACAGUAACAGGUUGGAUAUCACUGAGAAAAUCCAAGGAUGGACUACCGGAUCAUAUUACGAAAAGCGUCGAGUUUGCCUCGAAUCAGCCAAGUCCCAGAUUUCUCAAGACUCAUUUGCCGUUUCAUUUGUUGCCUCGACAAUUACGCACUGGAGAAAAGAAAAAUAAAAUUAUCUACGUGUCGAGGAAUCCAAAAGAUGCCUGUAUUUCUUAUUAUCAUUUCCAUAAUUCGCAUAAAAUUAUAAAUGAAGUAAAUUGUAACUCAAUUUUGAAAAAAAUGGAAGCAGAAUUAGCUCAACUACAAUCGAAAUGCUUGGCUGAUGGCAUUCCGAUCAAGUUCGUGAAUUACAAGGGUCUCUGGGUCCCAGAUACUUACGCAGAAAUUGCCGAUGCCAUAGAAAAUUUUGAAAUACGUGACGAUGACGUGUGGAUUUGCACUUUUCCAAAAUCAGGUACGACUUGGACCCAAGAAAUGGUUUGGAGUAUCUCAAAUGACGUAAACUCAGAAGCUGCUAAAGUCCCUUUACACGCCAGAUCCCCUUACAUCGAAUUCACUGGAACAACAGUAACAGGUUGGAUAUCACUGAGAAAAUCCAAGGAUGGACUACCGGAUCAUAUUACGAAAAGCGUCGAGUUUGCCUCGAAUCAGCCAAGUCCCAGAUUUCUCAAGACUCAUUUGCCGUUUCAUUUGUUGCCUCGACAAUUACGCACUGGAGAAAAGAAAAAUAAAAUUAUCUACGUGUCGAGGAAUCCAAAAGAUGCCUGUAUUUCUUAUUAUCAUUUCCAUAAGUAUCUUCUCGGAUACAUCAGUACUUUUGACAAUUUUAUCAAAUUGUUUUUAGGAGAUAAAGUAUUGUAUGCACCUUUUUGGCAGCACAUUAUUGGUUUUUGGGAGAAUAGAAACAAAUUAGAUAUUUUAUUUCUCAAGUAUGAAGAAAUGAAGGCCGAUCUUCCUUCGGUGAUAAGAAAAACGGCGAAUUUCUUGGGUAAAUCUUUGACGGAUCAGAAGGUGCGAGAGUUAGAGGAUCAUUUAAGUUUCGCUAGUAUGAAGAAAAAUCCUGCACUUAAUUUAAAUCACGUGGCCGGAAUUAUAAACAAGAAAAAAAUGUUAGGUACAAAUUUCAAAGCGGAAGGAGACUUUAUAAGAAAGGGAUUGGUUGGACAGUGGAAAACGGAAAUGUCGGAAGAGUUGAUAAAAAAAUUUGAUGAUUGGAUAGCUGAAAACUUGAAAGAUCAUCCAGAUUUGCAAAAAAUAUUUAUAUGA